UGGUCCUGGGUCUUGAGUUGUGCUGCUGCUGCCGCCGCUGGAUGAGGAUCCUGAAGCCGGAGCUGCUCCGUGUGAACAUCUGCUGGCCUGAGAGCGCGUCGCUGUGUGGAUAUGGAGUGACGGAGGGAGGCUUUGUUGUUGUCAGCCCGGUGCUCCUUUCUGCUGGAGCUGCACUUUCCCCGGAGAAUGCCCACAAGAACCGGAGCUGUGCUGCUGCUGCACGGAUAGCGCAGGAAUACACCGGAGAACCACGAUAUUGACAUGAAGAAAGACAUUGAGACUCUAAUAGCAGAGGAACGGGCUGAUAUCAUCUUGAAAUAUGCUACGGGCAGGCAGGGCGGGGUGGAGAUCGACCCCUGGGAAGAUGCUGACUACAGCAUCUACAAAGUCAUCGACCGCUUCGGCUUCAUGCACGAGGACGAGCUGCCGGCCCCGACUGCACACGAAGAGAAGCGGAAGCAGCAGGAGAUAGAGCGAGCAGAGAAAUGGCUGAAGAUGGUGAAGAAGUGGGACAAAUACAAGAACAGUGACAGGAUGGUGAAGCGGGUCUACAAGGGCAUCCCCCUGCAGCUGAGAGGCCGGGCCUGGGCGCUGAUGCUGGACGUGGAGAGGACCAAGAAGGAGAACGAGGGCAAAUAUGAGAAAAUGAAGGAGCAGGCGAGGCUGUGCUCGUCCGAGAUCAAACAGAUCGACCUGGACAUCAACAGAACCUUUCGGAACCAUAUCAUGUUUAUGGAUCGCUUCGGAGUGAAGCAGCAGUCUCUCUUUCACGUCCUUUCUGCAUAUUCAGUCUACAACACAGAGGUGAGCUACUGUCAGGGCAUGAGUCAGAUCGCCGCCCUGCUGCUCAUGUACAUGAACGAGGAGGACGCCUUCUGGGCGCUGUCACAGCUGCUGACCAACCAGAGGCAUGGCAUGCACGGCUUCUUUGUUCCCGGUUUCCCCAAACUCCAGCGGUUCCAGACGCAUCACGAUCAGAUUAUCUCCAAACUCAUCCCCAAGCUGAAGAAACAUCUGGACAGAGAGCAGAUGUCUGCAGGGAUUUACAGCACCAAGUGGUUCCUGCAGUGUUUCAUCGACAGGACGCCGUUCACCCUGACCCUCCGCCUGUGGGAUAUCUUCAUCCUGGAGGGCGAGAGGCUGCUCACCGCCAUGUCCUACACCAUCCUGAAGAUACACAAGAAGCGUCUGUUGAAGAUGUCUCUGGAGGAGCUGAGGGAGUUUCUGCAGGAGAGAAUCGCUCAGACUUUCUUCUACAGCGACGACGUGAUCAUCGAGCAGCUGCAGGCCUCCAUGACGGAGCUGAGGAAGAUGAAGCUGGACCUUCCUCCUCCAGGGAAGCCUGAUGAGUUGCCUCGUAAGCCGCUGGGCCAGGAGCUGCCGGUGCUGCUGAGUCCAGUCCAGUCCUCCAGAGGGAAGCCAUCCUCAGCCAGCGGGUUCCCCAGAGCGGGCCUGAGCCUCCACAUCAUCUCCCACCAGCCCGACUCCAUAUCCCCCGACCAGAGCCCCUCCAAGGACCCCCGGGAUCUGGACGCCGUGGACCAGGAGGACGUCCCGCUGCCUUCCCCAGAUCCCAUCAUCAUCCACAGCCAGGCCCCGCUGACCCCCGACGGCUCGCCGCUCACCGGGCCUCCGCCUUACCAGCCGCCGGGGAGCCAAGCAGAGGAGGAGGAGGCGGACCAGCUGCCUGCACCGCCGGACCAGGAAGGAGAUGAGACGCAACCUGACGUCUCUGCAGCUCCUCCCUCGCCUCCAGAAAUAACCGAUGCCUCUACAGACGACACCUCUUCGGCCACUCCGCUCUCCUGCAGGGUCCCGCGGACUGUCUCGGCACCCGUGGCCCAGGCGGCCUCGCCGGCUCCAGGCUUGGCCCAGUCGGAGAGCCUGUCGGCGGCAGAGAGAGCCGAGGACGACUACCUGGCCCAGCUGCUGGAGCAGGCCUCAGCUCUGCCCUCCAGCAAGAACCAGGACUCAGAGGAAACCCCAGACAUCUCAUGAAAAGAGCACCGAAACGCAGAUGAGCAGUUUACUGAUCGUGCUCCUACAUGUAAAAAGAUCAAUUUUGGUGGUUAAUGUUAAUUUGGUACCACAGAGGAACAAUUUAUCAGAUUUACAGCGUCAAGCAAUAAUUGCUUUAAAGAGUGACCAAUAUUGAUACCGGUGAUCUAAUUUGUGAAUUUCAAAGAGGUGAUACUGUUAUUAUCUGACUUUCUAAGAUGUUUUGUAGUGACUGUAAGAAGCAGUUUCCUCCUUUAGGUACUUAAAUCAGAUGUUUUGUGAUGUGACAGUGUGGCUGUCACCUCACUCCCUCUGUGGGUGUUAAACUGUCACCUGAAGUGCAACAACAAACAUGUUUGAAAAUGUCAGCACAGAUUCCCAGUCAUCCAGGUCAACAGACACGUAGGUGAAGUCAACAUUUGUUUGGUCCGGAAACACUGACGAGGACAGCAGAGCCCUUAUUUAUCAAGGAUUUGUGAAUUCCAGUAUGUGUAGAGGCGAAUAACUCCUUUACAGAAUCCCUCACGUUGCUGCAUCUAAACCCUGAUGUGCCCUUGCAAAACCCAACUUUCAGGACUUUUAUUUUCAAGAAAAUAAGGUUUUUACAGAUUUUACAAGUCUGUCUUAGUAAUACUCACAUGCCCGUGAGAACACUGAGAGAAUGAUGAAUGAAUAUUUGUAUAUUCAAUUCACUUGUGUAGGUCAUUUACCAAAGUUCUAAAGGGGAAAAUAUGACCGCUCAUAUGGUAUUCAUCCAAAUUCCAAAUGUAGUGCUUUUUUCUGCAAAAGAAAACAAAACAAUUAAAAACCGUUUACAGCCAGGACAGUUUUGUGAAUAUUAGAGGCUAGAAAUAAACAGCAGGUGGCGCUAAUUCUACAGUCAAUACCAUUAAAACAAUAAAACAUGUAACUGAAGGAGCUCCUGUUAACAUCACGUGGAAAAAAUUAUGCUUGCUUUCACGUAUUUACUCCAAAAACCCUUUUUCAGUCAACCUACAUACAUUAUGAUUAUAAACCUGAACUUCUCAUCUGUGCAAAAAUAAUAUUAUUUUCAUUGAUUUCUUAUGUUUUUUUGCACAGAAGGAGCCUAAACACAACAGCAAAAAGUUACAGGAUUAAAAAUAAUACACAAAUUAAAUAUACUUACACCCAUAAAUUCUUGGCAUUGGCAUAAUUCACAUCUUUUGAAAUUAUGCCAAUUUAAUGUUGGUGAGAGAUGUAAUUCACGAAGCAGCUUCACGCAAAAAUAAACAGUCCUAAACAGUGUCUUUUGAAGAAAGUGUCCCAUUCUGCAAAAUUACUUCUUAAAUGACCAACCACCAUAUGUGUUAUUCAUGGCAUAGAACCCUUGUUUGGUUUGCCCACACACACUACGUUAAUAAACAUGGACAUAUCUGAUAUUGCAGAAUUUAAGAAAUCCUGCUCCUGGCAAAACUGUCAUUAACUUACUUUUAUGUGUUUCGCACAAGAGGAGCCUAAACACACGAUGUACAAAGUCGACUCCAGCACCAUUUCAAAAGUAAAAGUUACAGGAUUACAAUUAACACACAAAACAAUAUGUUUUGGCAUUGACAUAUUGGAUAUUUUCCCAAAAUAUGCCAGUGUGAUGUUGGUGUUCAUGACGUAUAGUGUGAUAGACAAAAGUUGUAUUACAAACACCGUACGUGUAAUUCAUGACAAAAUUCAAACAGAUCAGUAAAUUACUUGUUGAUAAUGUCACAAUUUGCCUCUUUGCAGUUAAAAUGUGUGAAUGUUUACCAGGAAAGGAGGAUGUAAUGAAAACAUGCUAUCAGAUUGCAUCAUGGGAAGUGUAGGAUUCAGUGUUUUAGGAUUUUGUCUCCCAACUUCACGGAAAAGAAUUCCACCAAUGACAUAUAAAUACCAAAUACUACUUAAAAAUGGACGUUUGUGAUUAUCAGGUUACUUUAUUACUCGCUAAAAGCCCUGACGCGUGCAGAACAAACCCCAGCACUGCCAAGAUUGUUAUGCUUCGAAAGAAUAUAAUCCCCCCUUAUAACCCUUUUUUUGUGCACAGAGGAUGUUUCCUUGAGAAUUUGUAUUCAGACUCCCGCUGACUGAUGCUGAACUCCUUCGACCCCGUUUCCUGCCUGAAUCACCUGGAAAGUCGUGUGGACGGACUGGAAGCCUUCGAGGCGUCACCCUUUACAACAACAAAAAGAAAACGAAAAACAUUUUUGUAGUUUUGUAAUAGUUUUGUCAGAUAACAAAACGUCUGCUCGGUCAGCCUUUGUAAAGCGUUUGCUAGCAGAGUUACACUUUUAUUUUUUGUACUAAUGUCUCAAUGCCUUAUUUGGAUCGGCUUCAGUUCUCCUGUUGUUGACGUUGAACCUAAAUCUGACUCUAAACGAGGGAACUUUCAGGUGUCGGACUGAAAAACCUCUGACAUGGUGAGCUGGCUCACUGUUAUGAUUGUACUCACUGAAACCUGUUGAGCUUAUUUUAAAGAAGUGUUGUUGUUGUUUUUUUUUCUAGCUCAGUAAUUUAUUGUUUUGAUCCUCUUUAGAAAAGUCAUUUAAACAGCCGCUCUUGUGCUCGUCCCAUCGAGAACUUUUCCUCCUCGAAGGGUGAAAAUAGACUUUUUAUGUUGCAUACAAGGAACUGGAUGUUUCAAAUGAUUUUAAACUUGUGUCUAGGAUUGUACAGUAUUGUAGAACCAGUAGGUAAACAGAGUUAGGACAAAUCUCUACAGCUUUGUGCUUAGAAAUAAUGAAACGCUGACAUCUUGUGGUUGGUUUAGGUUAAGCGUGUCUCUACUUAGAUACACAGUAGAAGAGUAGAAAUGUAGAAAGGUUUUCCAAAUAAGAAGAGCAACUAAUCAGAUCUUGCAUUUGAAUGCCAUUAUUUUGAAUUAUGUGAAUAUGCUUUAUGAUAUUUGACUAUAUUUCAAUGCUGAAACUCAAAAUGGUUUGAAUAAUUGUGUGUCAAAGUAGCUGCAGUUGAACAAAUUUGCUGGUCUUCAGUGUCUUUAAACGAGAUCCGGUUAUAGUGACAUUGUAACGGAGGAGAUUGGAGAAACGCUGGAGCUGAAACAAUACAACUUUAAUCUUCCUUGA